AUGUCUUCGCUUUGGAUCAUCAACAAGGCAGGGGGCCUCAUCUACCAAUCCGAACACUUCGUCCACCCCGCCGCCUCCUCCAUGCCCAACAACGGCCGCCUCUCGUCGAACGAAUACCUCGUGCUCGCAGGAACGCUCCACGGCAUCCACGCCAUCACCGCCAAACUCAACCCCGUGCCCAACCGCAAGUGCAGCGGCAUCGAGAGUCUUGAUUCGGAUCAUUUUACCAUUCGCGUCAUGGUUACUUCCACAGGUGAGUUGUUCAGCGAAGAAACGUACAACAAUGGGCGAGGUGUCUUUGAACUGACAUAUGAAUGUUUUGUGGGAUGGAAACAGGGACAAAGUUCGUACUGGUGA